AUGUCUUCGGGUCACACUCGUGCCACGCCCAAUCUCUUGAGCGACCUGUACCUCCUGGCUGGAUUUGCGGUCGACUUCGAGCUCCGCAUCCCCGGGUACGCGUUCAAGUGCCACCGCGAAGACCUGAGCCGCAGCUCGAGGUAUUUCGCCAACGUCUGCUCGGGGCACUUUCAAGAGGGGACCCUGGGGCACCUGGAUCUGGAGAGGAUUCGGGAUCCGUUGGUGGUGCUGCGCAUGAUCCAGGCGAUCUACAUCCACGCGUACACCGAGAAGGAGGCCGAUCUACCUGGCAAGUGGCGAGAAUACCUCGAGAGCUCGAGAACCGGGCCCGCCGUGGACGAAGGUGGGAUGGGGAUUUCAGCACGUUCGCAGGAGGAGGAGGAGGACGACGACGACGACGAAGACGAAGAGGACCGAGCCUCCUUUGCAUCCUUGUUCUCUGAAUACCGACCCGACCACCUCUUCCUGCACAUCGACAUGUACCGGCUGGGCGAGUACUACGCCAUCGACGCGCUGUCGGCGGUCAGCUUCCGCAAAUUCGUCGGCGAUACCUCCGGCCCCCUCUUCAGCGUCGACCUGCUCCUCUGGACGAUCGAGUACCUCUACGUCACCGGCCCCCGCCGGGGGCACGCGACCCUGGGCCAAAAGAUGCGGAUGCGGGCCGUGUACCUGGCACAGAAAUGCGAGAUGCGACUGUUCUCGGAGAGCAAGUUCUGGGGUCUGAUGCGGCAGAGCGUCGAGUUCAUGUGGGACUACACCACCACGUGCCGCCGGGCCAACUACCUGCAGUGCCGGCGCAUGGAGUGCGAGGCGACCUUUGAGCCGGCGGCGGUGGCGGGGGACGGAGGGGACGGGUGUGACUGUGCUGGACAGGGGGUGUGCCGCGUCUGCUUCGAGGCCGACCUGUACGGCAGGGUCAGGGAGGCGGCGAUGUGCCCGUCGUGCCGCGAGGGGAGGUUGGGCAGGUGGAACUUGGAGUCUGUCGACAGGGUCGAUAUCACCAGCGUCGACGCCUUUGUGAACAUGUUCCAUCCGCAAAAAGAGACGUAGCGCUCAAGCGGGCACGGACGGCAUGGACAGUGGGCGGAGGGUAUGAAGGACGUUCGAAAUUGGACGGGCUGGUCAAAGGAGAAAGGUAGCGUUUAAGCGGGCACGGGUGGCAUGGAUGGUGAGUGGGAAUGUCAAAGACGUUCGAAAUGGAAAAGAACUGGGCUGGGCAUGACGUUUUCCGUUUGAGAAACAGGCACACAAAAGCACGAUAGACCGGAAGGACGUCUAGGAGUCAUGGACACAAGCAUGAUGGAUUUGGCGGGCGAGGCCGUCCGUGUCACUGAACAAAAGAACACAGAAGCUUUGCGGCGUUAGAACACAGGCGAACGGCAAACAGAACG